CUGCAGCAGAGAAUGAGCAUUUUGGAAGGAGCUCUGAGGAGGAGAAAGCCCUUGUGGUGUUGAAAUCGCUCAAAGCCGUUCAACCGUGUUUGUCGUCACUGGCACACAGGAGGUCGGGCCCAGGCACACCACUUGUCCAUCGCCACUGUAACCGGCCUUUGGGCCCAACGCCAAGGGUAAAAUCAAAUCCAUAUUCGUUUGCUGGUGUAAUAUUCAAGUACAAUUCCUCGAACAAUCUGGAGAAUCCAGAGGACAACGAUCAACGCUGGACCCUGCAUUCUCCUCGCGGUGCCGACGAGGCGCACAACGGGCCACAUUCUCGCAAAUCAACGAGAGUUAUUGCUUGGGCCCAGGUCCAGUGCUGCCUUUCGUCUAUAAAAAGGGUCGAUUUUGGACCUCUGGGAAAAUCUACUGUUGAAAACGUGGAUAACUUCUCGGUCACCGUAAAUGUCACCAAUACGGGAGACGAGACCCUCAAAUUAUACCAAGACCCCCGCGGUGCUCUCUCUACUUUCCCUGAGAAUACGUUCAAAAUCGCUGCCAUUGAUGGAGAAGACACCCCAAACUUUGCGGGAGCUCGUGUUAAAUACGGCUUUUCGGUUGCCACCAAUUUCGUCACAUUGGAACCCGGAGCUAGUGUCGUCGUCAGUCAUGAUCUUUCCAAGGCAUACGAAUUUGCCAAAGUCGGUGACUACAACAUUGAGGCGCACAAUCUUUUUUAUUACCAAGACGCAUCUGGCUCUCCUGUACCAUUGCGUGCGAACGUUGACUCUACGUACACCGCCAAAUUAUCCGGCAACCUCGUUUCUACAUCUCUCUCCAAGCGCAGGGCAGAGGGUGUUGAAAAGAGGGCAGAAAGUAACACACUAUAUCGCAGGGGUGGCAGGCUUCAGAAGCGUCAAACAUAUACCGGAUGUUCCAGCGAGCAGAAGAAAGCUAUCGACCGUGCUGUCCCUAUUGCUGUGAACUACGUCGACCGAUCUAUCCAGUACCUUAGGACACUUGUCUCAGGUAAACCCCGCUUUGAAAGUUGGUUUGGUGCAUAUCGUCGUGAUAGGCACACCGUCGUAUCAGGACACUUCAAUCUUAUCAAGCAGGACAACCCAACUACGUAUAACUACGACUGUCGAUGUCUUGAAUUUGCGGGUACUGAGAAUGCGGACG